AGCAAGCUCUAGCUUAGCAACUGCCUGACUGCAUUCAUUCAGGCGAACUACCGCUGACUCAAGGGCACGUAAACACAGUCAGAGAGCUACACCAGCAGGUAUGGCCGACGAGUGAUGUAGAAGGAGCAGGAGAUGGCAGAGGGAACCCAUGCUGGCGACAUGCCCUCCUUCCAGCCCGUUCCAAGUGCUGAAGCAAAAAAGAGGCCAAAUUCGUCAGAUGGAAGAGACGAGCCAAUGAGGAAGAUGCCAGUGUCAAAAUACACCCCCAGGCCUCGCUUCGAGCCCGUGCAGUUCGUUAGCAGCGGCACCAGCGGCGGCUCUGGGUCCGGGUCGGGCGGAGGCGGCGGCGCUACCACGGACGAGAAGGAGAACGAGAAGGACCGUCGACGGGGCGAGAUGAACCACCACAGCGUGCGGCCCCAGCACUCCUCCAGCUACUCCAGCUCGGGGCGCUCCUACGGAGGCUCGUCCUCCUCGUCUUCGUCGACGUACGACCGGGACCGGGACCGAGGCUCGUCGUACGCGUCUGACUCGUGGAGAAAUCGGGACUCGGGGAGCGGCGGCAGUGGCGGCACGGCUGGUCUGGGAUACGGAGGCGGCGGCAGUAGUAGCAGUAGCAGUCGGAGCUCAGGAGGCACUGGCUUCAUGUCCAAGAUGCAGCAGGACUACACGGCCAGAUUCGACGCACACAACUCCCGGCAGUCCGACUCGUCCUACAGAUACAACGACGGCUACGGUGGAGGAGGUGGAAGCAGCCGGAACAGAGGCUGGGGGGACUCCUCCUCUGGACGGCAGGGGCUGGGAUUCGGCAGUGGACACCAGGACCGGGGAUCCUCGAGGUUCAGCCGCGCCUGUAACAGCCCGGCCAGAGGCAUGUCGUUCCAACAGGCAGCCGCCGCAGCCGCCAACUCCCAGCCCACGCCGGUGGCCGCGACCACGCUUGAGGAAAAGCAGCGGCUGGUGGAGAGCGUGGCCGCCGCCAUCGCCACCACCUCCCGCGACCCGUCGUCGCUGAGCGGCUCCGACACGCCCAACUACAACUUCAUCCUCAGCCGCAGCAUCCAGGCCUGCCGCACCAACCCGGAGUACAUCUACGUCCAGCUCAAGGACAUACCCAUGGAUGACCUGCCCAAGAACCGUAAAGUACCCACCGACGGCUACGCCUGCGAGCUGAGGUGCCAAUCUGUUUACCUAGCGACAGGUUAUUCGGGAAGCAAGAACGGCGCGCGUGACCGCGCCUCAGAGCAGGCCGUGAAGCUGUUCCUGCAGCAAGUCGAGGCCCGCGUCGUGCAACGCAAAUACAGGCACGCGCCGGUUAACGACAUCGUCGUGUGCGCGAAGCACCAGCCGACCCCCGCGAUGGUGCCUCCGCUCCGCAACCCCGAGGAGAAGCCUCCGCUGAGCUCCAAGGGUAUCUACGAGCCGGACAAGAGCAAGCACUGGACGGAGUUUGUCGUCCAGGACAACGCCGUGGACGCCAUAUGCAUCCUGAACAACUCGGCCGCCUACAACCGCAUGAAGAUCGACUACAAGUUCGAGCCUGUGGCCAACAGCAACAUCUUCACGUGCAACGUCUUCGUGCAGGACCAGUUCGUGGCGUCGGCCCGCGGCACCAAGAAGACGUCGAAGCACGCGGCCGCGGAGGAGGCGCUGAAGAAGCUGAGGCAGAACCAGGCGGCGCGGGAGCAGGAGCAGCAGCAGCGGCAGCAGCAGCAGGAACAGCAGAGGCAACAGCUACUGCAGCAGCAACUACAACUCCAGCAGCAGCAACAGCUCCAGCAUCAUCACCAUCAACCGCAGUUCUCCCAGGCUAGUUACUACUCGGAGACUGUUGGUGGUGGUGGUGGUGGUGGUGUAGGCGGUGGUGGGAGAUUCGGCCAGCACGGAGGCAGAAAGAAGCAGCUCAGCGAACUGGUGAUUCUGGAGAACUCGGAUAAUGCCAUCUGCAUCAUCAACGACACGGCUCAGUUCAACAAAGUCUCCGCCGAGUACAAGUUCCAGGUGAUGCCGGACCACCGCUGGAGGUGCGAGGUGUACUUGGAGGGCCAGUAUGUGGCGGCCGGGCUGGGGCCCAAGAAGACGGUCAAACACAUCGCGGCCGAGGAGGCCCUGGCCACCUUGCGCCAGACCCAGGCCGUGGUGAAGUCCAACCUGCGCAAGGAAGGCUAUGCCGACGCGCUCUCCCGCAACCAGAUCCUGGCGCGCUCCGGUGAGGACGCCAUGCAGCAGGAGAUCAAGGAGGACAACAUCGGCAACCAGCUGCUGCGCAAGAUGGGCUGGACUGGCGGCGGGCUGGGCCGCGAGGGGGAAGGCAUCGCCGAGCCCAUCCGCGUCAAGGAGCAGUUUACCCGCGAGGGCCUGGGCAUGGACAUGAGCCGCGGCCCCGGCGCCCAGCUCACUAAGCGCAACAUCGAGGAGAUCAUCCGCAACUACGCGGCGUCCGACCGCAACGAUGACCUGCGCUUCUCCACGGAGCUGAACAACGACGAGCGCAAGCAGAUCCACCAGGUGUCACAGAAGUACGGCCUGCGCAGCAAGUCGUACGGCGUGGGCAAGCAGCGCUUCCUCAUCGUGAGCCGCAAGGUGCACAAGGACCAGCUGAUCGGGCAGUUGUUGCAGGAAGGGCAGGUGGGGAGAUACGAGCUGGUCAAACCUCAGGCGUCACACUGACUUGACUCUACUUGACUGGAUUGGACUGCGUAUGUACAGUACUUGCGCUAGUUGGCUGACUGACUUGGCUGAAUGGACAUGAACAGGGCUGCCCCACCCAAAUCGUAUCCGAAAAGAGAAUUUUCGUCCAUCUUGGGAGUAUUGUCCAGCUAUGAAAUGUAUUCAAGUUCAGUUUGUUGUUCAGUUUGGAAAGAAAAAAAAGAAAAGAAAAGAAGGACAAGACGAGGAAGAAAAGAAACUGUAAAAUGUAUUUUUCAAACCCCCCCUCUGUAUCAGGAAAUGCCUCCGUUGCUUCUCCAUUCCUGGACAGACAAGACAAUUAAAAAAAAAGAUAAUGUUGGCAGUCGAUAACUGAACACAAGUAAGAUUAUUUUUGUUUUUGUUUUGUGUUGUGCAGUUUCUGCGUGUGCUUUACAAACCAUGUCAUUCCACUUGUUUUAUUGUCUGCUGUACUGUACCUCUCUCACUUUGCCACCUCUGUGGCUGGCAAACCAAGCGCUUGCGCAGAAGGUUCGAAAAGGAAAGUAACCACCACACAAAGGGUUCACCCAUCACCCAGCUUGUGACCCCAUCAAUGAGUUUCGAGAACAGAGGCCACCACAACAGGAGCUUUUUCAGCAACAGAGGGGGGGGGGUAUAAUCCAAGAUGGUGGUUCAGUAGCAGCAACCCAUGUUAAGUUAACCUGGAGGUAGUGGUGAACUAGCUAAUAAAAGAGGCGGGAGUCUUCAUUUUUCACAAAAUGAUGCUGCUCUAUUGGCAGAUUUACCACUUUCUGUAGGUCAACUUUGCCAUGGUUAAUAAGCAGGGCUCUAAAUGAACAACUGCCCAACGGUCAAAUGCUGGUGAAAAUUCAGUUUUGUUUGUAGAAAAGAAAACUUACUAGUAGCCACUUUGAUCCAUUUGGGAGUGUGUGUUUUGCUUGUAAGAUUACCAUCUACUUGCUAUUUUUGGCCGGUGAUAAAAAAGUUAAUUUUGAGCCCUGGUUACUAGCACUUGACCAUGUUCUGAGAAUGCCCUCGAGGUGCUCCAUGUAACUCUACGUUUGUAGACAUUCCAUCCUUAUGUUGAGUACCACGAUAAUUCACCCUUCACUGCCACCAUCACAUUCAAGAUUUUUUUCUCGCCAUUUGAUGCAAACAUUUGCGCCCCCCUCUUUUUGUUUUAAGAUGAUACAUGGAAGAAAAUAUGACUUUAAAACCCUGCUGUAUUGUGAACACACAGGUGAAUAGAGAGGAUGUUUAAACAGGUGUUGUUUGAGAGGAUGCCAUCUACAAUGCAAUCACACUUGGUAAAUGUGCAAGCUGCAAGAUCUGGAAAGAUGUUAGGCGAAUUAGUAUUUCUUUUGUUUGUGGAUACCGUUAUCUUGUCUGCUUGUUUUCAUAUCUGUAAUAUCUUAACAAUAAACUCAAAAUCUGAUCGAUUGUCCUCUCGGAAA